CCCGCCGCCGUCCCCGCGGCAGCGCUCACUGCGCAUGCGCGGCCGCCGCGCUCCCCCUCUCCCCCCUCCCCUCCGCGUCGGACCGAACCACUGCGUGUGUGGAGGGGGGGGGGGGGAGCCCCCGGCCGACACCGCCGCCGCGCUCCUCCCCUUCCGGAGCAAAGGGCCGAGGGGCGGCCGCCGCGGCUGCGGGUUUCACCGGCGCUUCACCGGCUCCGCCGAGGAAGGGUCUCGGAUGGCUUCCCCGCAGCCGCCUCCUCGCAGGACGGUCGCCUCGCACGUGCCCUUCGCGGACCUGUGCGCCACCCUGGAGCGGAUGCAGGCCUGCAAGACCCGGCCGGAGAAAACCAAGUACUUCAAGGACUUCCUGGACUCGUGGAGAAAGUUCCACCACGCUCUUCACCAGAAGGAGAAGGACGUCACCGAUUCGUUUUAUCCGGCCAUGCGGCUCAUUCUCCCGCAGCUGGAGAGGGAGAGGAUGGCGUACGGGAUUAAGGAAACCAUGCUCGCCAAGCUGUACAUCGAGCUGCUCAAUUUGCCCAAAGAUGGGAAGGACGCUGCGAAGCUUUUAAACUACAGGACGCCUGCCGGUUCGCGUGGGGAUGCUGGAGACUUUGCCAUGAUUGCAUACUUUGUCUUAAAACCUAGGAGCCCCAAACGAGGCAGGCUGACAGUGGAACAGGUCAACGAACUGUUAGAUGCCAUAGCUAACAAUAAUGCUGCUAGAAACAAGGGGCAGUUAAAGAAAAGCCUUCUUCAGUUAAUUACCCAGAGCACAGCGCUUGAGCAAAAGUGGCUCAUCCGGAUGAUUAUAAAGGAUCUAAAACUGGGUAUUAGUCAACAAACUAUAUUUUCCAUUUUUCAUCCCGAUGCUGUUGAAUUACACAAUGUCACGACAGAUUUGGAAAAAGUUUGUAGACAACUGCAUGAUCCCACUGUCUCACUUAGCGAUGUUUCUAUCACGUUAUUUUCUGCCUUUAAGCCUAUGCUUGCUGCUAUUGCCGAUGUCCAGCAAAUUGAGAAACAAAUGAAUAACCAGACAUUCUACAUAGAAACUAAACUGGACGGUGAACGUAUACAGAUGCACAAAGAUGGUGAUGUGUAUAAAUAUUUUUCCAGAAAUGGGUUUGACUAUACUCAGCAGUUUGGUGCUUCCCCCCUUGAUGGCUCAUUAACACCAUUUAUUCAUAAAGUAUUUAAAGACAACAUACAAAAUUGCAUUCUUGAUGGCGAAAUGAUGGCUUACAAUCCUGAGACACAAACCUUCAUGCAAAAAGGAAACAAAUUUGACAUAAAACGAAUGGUGGAGGACUCUGAUCUGCAGACCUGCUUCUGUGUGUUUGAUGUGCUGAUGGUUAAUGAUCAGAAGUUGGGUCAUGAAGCACUGAGCAAAAGGUACGAGAUCUUAAGCAAUGUAUUUACCCCAGUAACAGGCAGGAUACAUGUCGUACAUAAAAAAACUGCCAGAACGAGAAAAGAAGUAAUUGAUGCUUUAAAUGAAGCAAUUGAUAACAGAGAGGAAGGGAUUAUGGUCAAAGAUCCCAUGUCCACCUACAAGCCUGACAAACGUGGGGAAGGCUGGUUAAAAAUCAAGCCGGAAUACGUCAAUGGGCUGAUGGACGAGCUCGACCUUCUGAUAGUUGGUGGUUACUGGGGAAAGGGCUUACGUGGUGGAAUGAUGUCUCAUUUUCUGUGUGCGAUUGCAGAGACUCCCGCUCCAAACGAAAAACCUACUGUUUUCCACUCUAUUUGUCGCAUUGGCUCUGGCUACACUAUGAAGGAAUUGCAUGAUCUGGGUUUGAAACUGGCUAAACACUGGAAGCCCUACCAUAGGAGGGACCCUCCCUGUAACAUUUUGUGUGGCAUUGAAAAACCUGAAGUGUACAUUGAACCUUGUAACUCCGUCAUCGUUCAGGUCAAGGCAGCUGAGAUUGUUAACAGCGAUAUGUACAAAACUGACUGUACCUUGAGAUUCCCCCGAAUUGAGAAAAUAAGAGAGGACAAAGAAUGGUAUGAAUGCAUGACUUUGGACAUGCUCGCAGAUCUCAGAAGUAGAGCAGAAGGGAAGCUGGCGUCCAAGCACCUUCAUAUUGACGAAUAUGAUGAGCCGCAAGAGAAGAAAAGGAAAACUGUAUCGAAGGUGAAGAAGGUAAUCGGAAUAGCCGAGCAAUUUAAAGCUCCUGAUCUUUCUAAUGUAAACAAGGUUUCAAAUGUGUUUGAAGAUGUAGAGUUUUGUGUUAUGACAGGUACAGGAAAACACUCCAAAUCUGAACUGGAAAGCCGAAUAGCCGAAUGUGGUGGGAGUGUGGUACAGAACCCUGGACCGGACACUUACUGUGUCAUCGCGGGAGCUGAGAACGUCAGAGUGAAAAACAUCAUUGCUUCCAACAAAUACGAUGUGGUGAAGGCAGAGUGGCUUCUGCAGUGUUUUCAGUCCAAAAUGCUUGUGCCUUGGCAGCCAGCCGUUAUGAUUCACAUGUCUCCUGACACUAAAGAACAUUUUGCUCGUGAGUAUGAUUGCUAUGGAGACAGCUACACAGCAGAUACAGAUGUUGCACAACUCAAGGAAGUAUUCUCAAGAAUGAAGGAUAAUAAAAUAAUGCCCUUGGACGUGAUUGCUGAGUUAGAAGAACGUUACUCAUGGAACAGCUGUCAACUCAGUAUAUUCAGAGGAAACACUAUUUAUGUGGACUGUUAUGCUGUUGUUAAUGAACCCAGAACCAAAAUCCACGGAACAAGACUAUCAAUUAGAGCUUUGGAGCUCCGUUUUUAUGGGGCAAAAGUAGUCUCUUGCCUUGAAGAAGGUGUCUCCCAUGUCAUUAUAGGAGAAGAUCAUUCUCGGGUAGAAGAAAUGAAAGCACUCAGGAGAACAUUUGGGAAAAAAUUUAAGAUUGUAUCUGAGCUGUGGGUAACAGAGUCGGUGAAGGAGGGAGUCCCAAAGAAUGAAAAUCAGUACUUGAUUUAAAAUAGUUUUUAAUCUUAGAGUAAAGCAUUCUUGUUGACUUGAUUGGACUUGGGUAUAAUGUGUUUUCUUAAUUUUUUCUGUGUGUUUUCAUGUCUUAUUAAACCUGUGGUUACACAAUGAUUGUUUUGAAAUUAGAGGAAGAUUUGUUAUACUGUUGUGGAAGCAAGAGGAUGCUAAGCUGUGCUGCUGGGGGAGUAAGAAGCCACAAGAUAAAUAAUGUAAGCCUUUUACUUCACGUACUGGUCUCAGAAGAGAUCUAAUCUCUUCUAAGAGAAUUCCUAACUACUGAUAGUGUUUUUCUCUAUGGUUCAGAAUGGAGCCAAUGAUUCAGUAUUUUAUGGAAAUUCUACUGUUUAAUAUGUUUAUUUAUUGAUUUGCAAUCACUUUCAUGCUUUUGUAAAAGUGAUAUUGUGUAUAUUACAUACGCUACAUAAUUCAGUAAUUUAUAAACCUUCUUUGUAGUGUUUUAACUUGUUUACACUGUUUUUAGCUUUAAGCUCCAUGUAGCCUCAGUAGCACAUUGGUUUUAGGAUAUUGCAUUGAUCUUAUAUUUCUUUUUAUAAGUAAAUGUACAAUGAAACCUAAACUUCAUAUUGAGGUGCUAAUGAACUAAUAUUUACUAAUAUAUCUAAACUACAAAUUGUUUACUUAACUGUAACGAUGUCCUUUACCCAUUAUAGUUGCAGUUAAAUCAUCAAGCAUUAGAGUGAGGCUUUUACUCUUUGGUUUACCUUUCAAAAAUUAGUUCCAUAAGCUAUUUCAGUAAUGAGAUGAGUUUCCAAAUAUCUAUUUCAAUAUAUAUAUAUAUACAUAUAUUAAAUUAUUAAAUAAAUAUAUUUUUCAAAUGUGCCUGGUA